AUGUUUGGCACUUUAUUUCGCGGCCACCAAGUUGCGCCAUUAUAUGCUGCCUUCAGUCUUUCAGAUCAUCUCCAAGACCGACCUCAUCAAAUACAUGCUUACUUGGCCGAUCAUACGCGGCCGGAUCGGAAAGUGGACGAUGGCAUUGUCCGAAUUCACCUUCCAAUAUGUGGCUCAGAAGUCGGUCAAAGGCCAAGCAUUGGCCGAUUUCUUGGCCCACCACUCGGCUCAGGGGCAAGAGGGGAGUUAGAGGUUGAGAUCGGCAUGGCCUACAUGGAGAAGAACUACUGGACCUUGUACUUCGAUGGCUCUAGUACCGAGACCAGAUCUGGGGUCGGGGUCGUGAUCGAGUCCCCCCAAGGACAAAGGUGGCAAUUUACGUUCCAGCUUGAUUUCAAAUGCACCAAUAAUCAGGCAGAAUAUGAAGCACUCAUCAUCGGUCUUGAAAUUUUAAAAGAAAUGAAGGCGACCCGUGUCCUGGUCUACGGUGAUUCUCAGUUGAUAAUUAACCAACUGACCGGGGAAUACCAGUGCACGAGCGAGAAUUUAACCUUGUAUUAUGUAACGGCCCUCAAUACGGCCAACGAGUUUUCUAGGAUCUCCUUCGUUUAUGUACCGCGCGCCGAAAACCAUGAGGCCAAUGAGAUGGCCCUGGUAGCGUCAAGUGUGAACAUUCCGGGCAGCGACCACGACCGCAUAAUAAGGAUCGAGAAGCGCACCCUGUCGGCUUUGGCCGAGCGAGGAAUGAUGACGCAAGUAUCAUCAGCCGAGAUUACUGACGAGGUCGAAGCGGCCGAGGCUGACUGGCGCUACCCCAUAGUAAAGUAUCUGCGCGAUCCCUCCGGCAACCAUGAAAGUACUACUCGUUUCCGAGCUCGGUGUUAUUUGAUUUAUCAUAACAAGCUGUAUUGA